GAGGGCCAGCCCCGGUUGCGUAUGGGGCGGGAGGUCGCUUGGGUCGGGUGUCGCCUGAGAACCGGAUGAGGCGGCGACUGUGAGACGAAGUUUGGAGUCGGGAGUUGGGCUGAGUCCCGGGGGAGCAACCGCCGGCGCGCGGGGCAGGGUCGUUGGGAAGCUGGGGAGGUCUCGCGGGCCUCGAGGGGAGAGUCGCCGCCGCCGCCACCAUGGGGAACCGGGGGAUGGAGGAACUGAUCCCGCUGGUCAACAAGCUGCAGGACGCGUUCAGCUCCAUCGGGCAGAGCUGCCACCUGGACCUGCCGCAGAUCGCCGUGGUGGGAGGUCAGAGCGCCGGCAAGAGCUCGGUGCUCGAGAACUUCGUCGGCCGGGAUUUCCUUCCUCGUGGAUCAGGAAUCGUCACCAGACGUCCCCUCAUUCUUCAGCUCAUCUUCUCAAAAACAGAGUAUGCGGAAUUUUUGCACUGCAAGUCCAAGAAGUUUACGGACUUUGAUGAAGUUCGCCAAGAGAUUGAAGCAGAGACCGACAGGGUCACGGGGACCAAUAAAGGCAUUUCUCCCAUCCCCAUUAACUUGCGAGUCUAUUCACCACAUGUGUUGAAUCUAACCUUAAUUGACCUUCCGGGUAUCACCAAAGUACCUGUUGGUGAUCAGCCUAUGGAUAUUGAAUACCAGAUCAGGGAUAUGAUCCUCCAGUUCAUUAGCAAAGAGAGCAGCUUGAUUCUUGCAGUCACACCAGCCAACAUGGAUCUAGCAAAUUCAGAUGCCCUCAAGAUGGCCAAGGAAGUUGACCCUCAAGGCUUACGGACUAUUGGUGUUAUAACCAAGCUUGACCUAAUGGAUGAAGGCACAGAUGCCAGAGAUGUGCUUGAGAACAAGUUGCUCCCCUUGAGACGAGGUUAUAUUGGUGUGGUAAAUCGGAGCCAAAAAGACAUUGAUGGGAAGAAGGAUAUCCGAGCAGCCCUUGGGGCUGAGAGGAAGUUUUUCCUCUCUCACCCAGCAUAUCGACACAUAGCAGACCGAAUGGGCACCCCUCACUUACAGAAGACCCUGAACCAGCAACUGACCAAUCACAUCCGAGAGUCUCUGCCUGCUCUGCGCAGCAAGCUCCAAAGCCAGCUGCUGUCUUUGGAGAAGGAAGUGGAAGAAUAUAAGAAUUUCCGGCCUGAUGAUCCCACACGGAAAACCAAAGCCCUACUUCAGAUGGUCCAGCAGUUUGGUGUGGAUUUUGAAAAGAGAAUUGAAGGCUCAGGAGACCAGGUGGACACAUUGGAACUUUCUGGUGGUGCAAGGAUUAACCGCAUCUUUCACGAGAGGUUUCCAUUUGAGCUUGUGAAGAUGGAAUUUGAUGAGAAAGACUUGAGACGAGAAAUUAGCUAUGCAAUUAAAAACAUCCAUGGAGUCAGGACGGGUCUCUUCACCCCCGACAUGGCCUUUGAAGCCAUUGUGAAAAAACAGAUUGUAAAGCUCAAAGAGCCGAGUUUGAAGUGUGUUGAUCUGGUGGUCUCAGAGCUGGCCACCGUCAUUAAAAAGUGUGCUGAGAAGCUUGGCUCCUAUCCCAGGUUACGAGAAGAAACAGAAAGAAUUGUCACCACUUACAUCAGAGAACGAGAAGGGAGAACAAAAGACCAGAUCCUUCUUCUGAUCGACAUUGAGCUGUCAUACAUCAACACAAAUCAUGAGGACUUCAUUGGUUUUGCAAACUGUUACUAUACUGAGCAGCUUGUGACAGGUGCCCAACAGAGAAGCACUCAGCUGAACAAGAAAAGGGCUGUUCCAAAUCAGGGUGAGAUCCUGGUGAUUCGAAGGGGCUGGUUGACCAUCAACAAUAUCAGCCUGAUGAAAGGUGGUUCCAAGGAGUAUUGGUUUGUGCUCACUGCAGAGUCCUUGUCGUGGUAUAAGGAUGAGGAGGAAAAAGAGAAGAAAUACAUGCUGCCAUUGGAUAACCUCAAAAUUCGAGAUGUGGAAAAGGGUUUCAUGUCCAAUAAACAUGUCUUUGCUAUCUUCAACACAGAACAGAGGAAUGUCUAUAAGGACCUACGACAGAUUGAACUAGCCUGUGACUCCCAAGAGGAUGUAGAUAGUUGGAAGGCUUCUUUCCUCCGAGCUGGGGUCUAUCCUGAGAAAGACCAGGCUGAGAAUGAGGAUGGGGCCCAGGAAAACACCUUCUCCAUGGACCCUCAACUGGAACGCCAGGUGGAAACCAUCCGAAAUCUUGUUGACUCCUAUGUGGGGAUUAUCAAUAAGUCUAUUCGUGACCUCAUGCCAAAGACAAUCAUGCAUCUCAUGAUCAACAAUACCAAGGCCUUCAUCCACUCAGAGCUACUGGCAUAUCUCUACUCUUCUGCGGACCAGAAUAGUCUGAUGGAGGAAUCUGCGGACCAGGCCCAGCGUCGAGAAGACAUGCUGCGCAUGUACCAUGCCCUGAAAGAGGCACUUAACAUCAUUGGGGACAUCAGCACCAGCACAGUAUCCACUCCUGUGCCUCCCCCUGUGGAUGACACAUGGCUCCAGAGCUCCAGCAGUAGACACAGUCCCACACCUCAGCAUCGACCUCCUGCAGGUGUGCCUCCCCCAGGAAGGCCUCCUGCAGUCAGAGGUCCUACCCCAGGUCCACCUCUGAUCCCUGUGCCUGUAGGAGUUGCUGCCUCCUUUGUGGCUCCCCCUAUUCCCUCUCGGCCUGGACCUCAGAAUGUCUUCACUAACAACGAUCCCUUUUUAGCCCCACCUCAGAUCCCAUCUCGGCCAGCACGCAUUCCGCCUGGCAUCCCCCCUGGUGUGCCCAGCAGAAGACCCCCCGCUGCACCGAACCGGCCAACCAUUAUCCGCCCGGCCGAACCGUCAUUGCUAGAUUAACCCUGGGCUCUAGAGAAAGCCCAUGUACUCAGUGGGGUGUGGCCACCAGACCAUCAGGGUACUACUGUGGGUGGGGUUUCUAUACACUGCCGGCUCUGAGGGACACCCAAGGUUGUAGAAAGCAAAUGUGGGCUCUGGGCCCAGAGGCCUCCUUCCCUUCCCCUCUUUCUCCCUUAGUCCCUGACAGUCAGGCCUGAGGCCAUGCUUGCCAGGCAGGGAUUAUCUGAACUUGUAGCCCAUGGGCCUGGUGGUACACACCUGCGCUCCUUGGCCAUUCCAGUACAGAUGCAGGCAGCAGCCAGAGAGGCGCUGACAGGCCAGGGACGCAGCUCUGCAGGCUCCCAAGGCACUCGCACUUAACCUCUGGAACUGAGCAGUCCUGGGGAAUCUAGAAUGGGGUCGGGGUCUUGCACUUUGUAAAUGAGGUCUAGGAUCUGACUUGGGAUAGACAGAUGGGAACUGAUGUAGUGGCCUGUCAGUUCAGCCCAUCAACCCUAGGCACUGUUUAUGUAUAAAUGAUGAUAUACAAAUGGGGGAAGGAGGGACCGACCUAUGAAUCUUGGGCUUUGGGCACAGCAAGAGCCUGUGUUUCUGUGUCUGUGGCCCUUUGAGUGACAUGUGAUUAAACCAAAUGUAAGCUGGAGACCAGGUGACCUGCCACGUCCUUUGUAUGAUGAGCCAGCAGGGUCAGGGCAUUUCUAAGUCACCUCAUUUGGAGAAGGAGUCCUGCUGGCUAGUUAGCACAAAGUCUUGGCCUCACCCCACCUCAAGACCUAAACGGGUCUCAUGUUCAUCACCCUAGGAGCUCAGUGACAAUGAAUCGGGGCAUGGCACCAACAGGGGUGAAGCAGCCAAGUACUCAGGCCUGACCUGGGGUUAUCAGAUGUACCUAGUCAGAAAGUAGCUAGCCCAGAAUAAGGAAGGGGAAGAGAGCAGGGUGACCAGUCUUGGUCAUCUUUGAUCUCUCCACUACUCACUCCUUUACACUCCCAGGCACUGGUGUAUUUGCACACCUCCAACUGUACAUACUCCUUCUGGAAGCCAGGCUUAAAAAAGUCAAGCCCCAUACUGCUACAUUGGAGCUUCUGUUAAGCUUCCAGACAUAUAUCUCCAGCCUUUAAACCCACCCUAAGCCCCAGAGUUGCCUUAAACCCCUGCUGUGGGGAUGGGGACCCACUGAGGUGCAUAACUCACAAUUGGGAAAGUGGUCUUCCCUUUGCCCCAAACCUCCCUCCCCUCCCUCCCCCCAAGAGGAAAAGGAAAAAAAAAAGAAAAAAGGCCAGGGAGCACUUGGAUCAGGGACCAUGUCUGCCUGAGGGACUGCCCAGGGCUCAAGAGUUGAUGAUAUUGGCCUGGCUAGCAGACUAUCUGCUAGACUUAGACAGACCCUUUGUGGGGAAAUGGGCUCCAGCUCUAAUCAUGCUGGCACCUAUGUGGGACUUAACUUGUUCCUUCACUCAAUUUGACCAGUGUAAGUGCCUCUGCUCUGUACCCUAUUAAUAAACUAAAAUAAAGGGAAGAAGCUA